AUGUGGUUUUGGCUCGCACGUUUGAAUUUUCCCCGAUUCAAUGGCAAGGGUGUCAAGAAUUGGAUCAUCCGGUGUGACACUUUCUUUUCGGUGGAUCAAACCCCUGAAGAGUACAAGGUGCGCUUGGCUGUGGUCCAUUUUGAAGGCAAAGCUCUCCAAUGGCACAGUGCGUAUGUGAAGAAUGUGGGACUCAAUAAAUUGCCCUCAUGGACUGACUAUACGAAAAUCUUGAUUGAAAGAUUUGGUGAAGUUUGCGAGGAUCCAAUGGCUGAGUUGAUGAGACUUCGACAGAAAGGCACUGUUACUGAUUAUCACACUGAAUUCGAUGCAAUUGUUUCGAGAAUUGACUUAUCUGAGGCUAAUCAAUUGAGUUGUUUUCUUGGUGGAUUGCAAAUGGAGAUUCAAAUGAUGGUCAGAAUGUUCCAACCAACCUCUGUUAUGAAAGCCUUUUCCCUAGCUAAGAUGUAUGAAAAUGCCAAUGCCAUCAGCAUGCAAGCCAAACCACUCUCUAAAACCCUCAAACCCAACCCUGUAACAAAGCCACCACUCUUACCAAACCCUCCCAAAACCUUAGAACCUAUAAAACCGACAACACAAACCACUAAACAACUCACCCCUGCCUAUAUGAGUGAAAGGAGGGCUAAGGGUCUUUGUUAUUUUUGUGAUGAACCCUUUACCCCUGUCCAUAGCCAAACUCAUAAGAAACUCCAAAUCCAUGCCAUGGAAAUAGCUGAGAAUGCUGACUCUGAUGAAGACCUAGGACCUACUGAAAACCCUCCUCAUGAAACCAAUCCGAAACCCUUGAUUUCAGUAAAUGCCCUAACUGGAGUAGCCAAGUUUCAAACCCUGAGAGUCACUGGUCAGGUAAGGAAGAAGCCCCUGCACAUUCUCAUUGAUAGUGAGAGCACCCAUAAUUUCUUAGAUAUUCAUGUAGCCAAGAAGCUAGGGUGCAAAAUUGAAGAUAUGGAUCAUGUUAGUGUCACUGUGGCUCAUGGGGCUAGAGUGCAGAUUAAUACUAUGGUGAAAGGGUUCUCUUGGCUUGUACAGAACACUACAUUCAGUUCAGAUAUCUUGCUAUUACCCUUAGGCUACUGUGAUAUGAUUCUUGGUAUCAAAUGGCUUAUUACAUUGGGGAAUAUCACAUGGAACUUUGACAAGUUAACCAUGGAGUUCACUGCUCAAGGAAAAAGACAUGUCUUGAGAGGCAAUUCUUCUAUAAAUAUUAAGAUAAUUAGGAAGCAGUGGAUACAUAAGACACUAGCUGCAGGAGUUCACAUUUCUAUGUUACAAGUAUGUGAGUCUGAAGAAGGAUUGUUGCUCCAUUCCCUGUCCACUCAUGCCACAUCUUCCUCAAUUCUUGACAGUAUUGAUAAGUUGCUACUUCAAUAUGAAGAUGUGUUUGCAGUACCUACUACUCUAUCACCUAGAAGGUCAGAUCAUGAUCACACUAUUCCUUUGGUGCAAGGAACUAACCUUAAUAACAGUAGUCCUUACAGCAGUUUUGUAGUGUUGGUUGGUAAAAAGGAUGGAAGUUGGAGGCUUUGCAUUGAUUACAGGGACCUCAACAAGGGUACAGUAAAAGAUGGGUUCCCUAUACCCUUGGUUGAUGAUCUAUUGGAUGAGCUACAUGGCUCUACUGUAUUUUCCAAAAUUGACUUGAGGUCUGGCUAUAAUCAAGUCAGAAUGGCAGAGGCAGAUGGCUUAAUGAAUUUUGUGUUUCAAGAAUACUUGAGGAGGUUCCUACUGGUCUUUUUUGACGACAUUCUGAUUUACAGCAAGAGCAUGAAGGAUCACUUGCAUCAUUUACAAACCUUCUUGUCUACCAUGAGAGCAAAUGCCUUGUUGGCUAAAAAAUCUAAGUGCUACUUUGGAGUUACUUUAGUAGAAUACUUAGGACAUUUUAUCACGGGAGAGGGAGUCUCUACUAGCCCUACUAAAGUGGAAGCAGUGAGGAACUGGCCACUUCCUCAGACCCCCAAACAGUUGAAAGGGUUUUUGGGAUUGGUAGGCUAUUAUAGAAGGUUUGUGCGGAGAUAUAGCACCAUAGCCAAACCACUAAAUGACAUGUUGAAAAAGGAUAGUUUUUCUUGGUUUGAGGAAGCCAAGCUUGCAUUUCAGUGUCUUAAGGAUCAGUUAAGUCGGACACCUGUAUUGGCCUUACCUGAUUUUACAAAGACUUUUAUAGUGGAGGUUGAUGCCUCAGGAGCGGGGGUAGGAGCUGUUCUCAUGCAAGAUCAUCAUCCUAUAGCCUUUAUAAGCAGAAGUUUGAAUGUUCAGCAACACUCCUUGUCCACCUAUGAGAAGGAGUUACUAGCUGUGGUGUUUGCUGGAAGUGAGAACCAAGCUGCUGAUGCACUUUCAAGAGUUGAAUGA